AUGAUUUAUUCGAAAAGUGACGAUGAGGAUGAAUCGGAGUAUCGUUGCGAAAUAAUUCAUAGGCUGAAAGAGGAGAAAAAAUAUGAUGGUAGGACCCAGAUUUCUGACUGAAAUUCAAAAAAAUCAUCUGUUUCAGAAGUAGUUGAUCAUGUUCUGAGUGGAUGUGUGAACUGUAUAACAGAUACAUCGAAAUUCAAAGGCCAGGAGAUGUUGUUUCCAAAUGCACCCCCUCCAUGGAUUGAAAUUGAAGAGCAGGAAAAAGAAGAUCCAAAAACUUGGAAAAAGUAUCAAAAGAAAGCCGAACCUUCUCGAGCUGCAAUGACUGCUGAACAAAUUGAUGAAUAUCUGGAAAAUCUUGAGGGAGGAGAUGAGAAAAUUGUUUGGGAAAUUGUGAAGUUCAAAAGAGUUGAUCGAAUUGAGGCGUGGAGAAUUUUGCGAGGAUUUCGAGUGAAGAAAGCGGAUCAAUCGAAGAAGGAGAAAGAACAGGAAAUGAAAGCGGAGAAGAGUAGAAGGGCGGAACAAAGGGAGUUGGAACAACUUAAGAAAGCUGAUGAGAAGAGGGAAUUGUUGGAGAAGACUGAAACACAGAAAAUGCAUGAGAAAGAGAAAUUGGAAGAAAUGAAAGAAUUCAACGAGGAUGAGGAAGAAGAGGAAGAAAUUGAAGUGAAAAAAGAAAAAUCAGAAGAAAAACAAGGAGAGAAGAAGAAAGAGAGCACUGUGUUCAAUGUAAGAGUUAUGAAAAAUAGGCCCCCAAAACAUCAUUUUCAGUCCCAACAAGACCAGCGUCAGAAAUUCAAGCCUUGUUUUUAGGUUCGAAAAGAUAUGCCGUGGUCGCCGAAUAUGUUUGACAUACUUUGCCCGGAUCUACGAAGUGUGCUGAACAAUGAAGAUCAGCGUCGAUUAUCGGCAAUGUGUCAGAAUAAAAUGAAUCGGGGAGAAUUUCAGCAUGCGGCGAAUAAGAGGGAAUUUACGGUAAGUUUGGAGAGAAUGUUUAAUUUAUUUUGGUUUUAAAAGAAUACUCUCAAGUAUCUUUAAUUAAAAUGAGCAAUAUUGUAUCGAACAUUCGUUUAACAUGAGCAAUGAUUUCGAAAAAAACAACAUCAAAGCUUAGGAACUCUUUUCCAAAAUUAUAACCUGAGCAAUGCCCUACUUAUGAAAAUUCUGCAGGUUUUAAUGUGAAAUAUACGUGAAAAUUUGCAUUUUUGAAAAAUUUUGCUCUGAAGAUUGGCCUAUAGGAAACGUUUAAUUUCGGGCUCUAAUUUCGGGUUCUGAAGCUGAAAAUGUGUAGUUUUUCUUAUUCGGGAUAUUUUUGAGUCAUUGGACCCGAUUCAAAAUUUUCUAAGCCUGCCAAAAAUUUCCUAGCUCAACCAGAAACCUGAAAUUUUUUGUGGAAAAAACUUGGCCACCUUUAAUUUUCGAAAAUCCCCACCCAAAAUAUAACUCACGUUUUUCGAAAGGUCUUCGAUCGCAAUAUUUUGCAAAAUUAGAAAUGCCCCAAAAUGCUUCAUGUUUUUUUUUUUGAAAAAAAAUUCAGCGUGAUCUAGAAAAAUUGAGAUUAUCCAAAAAAAAUGUCAUAUUUCAUUCAUUUUCAGGAUCUCUUCAAAUCCGCCUCCGCCGAAUAUGAAACUCUAGUCGAAGCCGCAAAACAAUGGGCCAAUUCACAACCAGCUCAUCCAAUCAAUUUUAUCGCUUUCCCCAAGUUACUCUCACUGCAAAAAUAUUUGAAUCGAUUCAAUCUUCGAAAAUUGACUGGAAAAGGUUUCGAAAUUGGAAAUAUUUUAUUCACAAUUGAAACAAAUCAGGAAGUUGAGAUGACUGUUACAUCGGAGAAAAAUUCGGAGAUUCCAAGUGUUGUUGAAGUUUUGCACGAAGGCAUUUCAGAUACUUUGAUGGUAAGUUUUCCCGGAUUACAUUGAUAUAGACAUUUAAACAGAAAUUGUUUUAAGAUCCCUGAAAUCACAAAGAGAUGUGAACUCGUUCCGGAAUUAUUCAAUAUACAACCAAAAGAGAAAUUGAGAAUCGAACAAGAUCCGAAUAUUCGCGCAUAUUUCAAAUCAAAUCCAACAAUUAGUGUUGCAAUGGAUGCGACUACAGUAUGCCAUUUGAUGAAAACAAAUUGGGAAUCGAAGAAUUAUGGAAUGGCUUGUGAGAUUGUUGUUGAAAAUAUUGAUGGGAAAACGUGUGUGUUUUUUGCGAAACCAAAAGUCACGGCUAAUGUAAGUUUUUAUGGACUGAUAUAUGUUUUUGUACAGUUGUUUACGCUGAGAACCAUCCAGGGGCCGAAUUCAUAAAAGUGGUAGUUUUUCUGCAGAAUUCUCUAAAGAGCACAAAAAUAAGCCAAAAAUCUAGAAUUUUCUGAAGAUCGCGUUUUUGAGAACCCAUUAUUAGAGAUGAUUAGAGAUGAUUUUAUCGAAAAAUGAAUACAUGAUCCAAAUUUUUUCAAAAAAAAAUUUGAGGCUCAGGAUUCCACAUUUGAAAUUUUUGCUUUUGGUAAAUCGUCCCUCCUGAACAUCUUCCUGUAAUCGUUUUUGAUAAAAUCUUCUCUAACAUGAGUUAACGGGAUUUUCGGAAAAUUUUCGAUUUUUUGGCUCAUUUUCGUGCUCUUCAGAGAGUCGCCAGCAAAAACUGAAAACAGUAUCUUUUUCAGCAUGAAAAACUGUACAAAAAUAUAUAUGUCUCAUUGGAAAUAUCAAGGUUUAUUUGAUUUUGAGCACGUUCCGGUCAUUUUUAGUUAUGAAAUUUAAAAAAUAAUUGAUUGAAAUUUAUCAGUGAAAACUCGAACAUGGCCUCAAGGAUCUGCCAAAACUUCUAACAUCUAAUUUUGCAGAUAAGCCGAGCGAGUAUCCAAAGAAAAUACAUCAAAACAGUGAUUCGAAAUCAAUUUGUGAACAUUUGCGAGAAAAAUGCGAAACUUGAUGUUCAGCAUAUUUUGGAGCUGGAAAAACGUGGAGAGCAAAAGUAGGUUUGAAAAUUUCUGUUUUAAAUUUUUAAGAUUUUAAAUUUUUUCACUGUUUCAAAAAAAGUUAAAUCACAACAAAUUUGCCCUGAAUUUGUUCAAUAAUACGAUAAAUCGAAAAUGUUUGAAAAAUUUCGGAAAUUUAAAAUUUGAUUUUUUUUUAAAUUUUCAACUGUUCCAUGGAUUUUUGAUUCUCCCUCCCCAAAUAAAAGUUUUAAUUUCAGAGAAGAAUUUGAGCGUGUUCAUAUGUCAUCAUCUCAUCCAUCAACAAUUUCAUCUGCUUCAGCUUCAACUUCUUCUUCCGAUCUUCUCGACUCAAUUUUUGCGGAUGUUAAGAAAAUGGAUCAACGAAGCUCCAAAGAUAUCGGAAAACAGAGGAAAAUAAUUGAAACUGGAUAUAAUUAUUCGAUUGUCAAAUUCGGUUCUGCUGAAAUAUUAGUUCGAUCAAAGCCAGCAUUUCAAAUCGCUUAUUCAUAUGAUUCUGCGCAGAAAAAAGGAAUUCAGCAAUUAUUAGAGAAUCGGAAAAAUGUAACAUUUGAGCCGAGAAUUGAAUAUUUACCAAAUGGUGGAGCUAUGGAACUUGGACCGGAAGAAUGGGUUUGGAAUUAUAUGAAAAAGUUGUUGAAAAAGUCAGAUGCUCAUGUUUUGUUCAGAACACAUUACAAGUAAGUUUGUAUAUUUUUUUUGGAAAAUAAAAUUGAAAAAUGAUUUUUCAGAGGUGAUUGUGUUCUUCAACUCGAUGCGCUGACAAUGGAAAGUAGUAAUGUUUCAUCGAGACCACAAGGAGCACUUGAAUUGUAAGGGUUUUCAGGGGAGGAGGUUCUGGCAAGAAAAAUGGCCAGAGAUUUUGGGAAAAUAAAAUUAAAACAUGGAUUUGAAAACAUCAAAAAUUCAAAAUUUUCUCAACGAAAAUAGGGAGAAUCAGAAAAAAGCAAGCCUUCUGAAAAUGCCACGUGGAUUUUUCUAGCCAUCUGAAAAUUACACGUGGAUUUUCUAACGAGCUGAAAAUUCCACGUGAAUUUUAUCUCUUCUGAAAAAAUAUUCUAAAGUUACAGAACUGAAAAUUGAUAUUUAUAUUCAAAAACAUUCGAUAUUCAGAAUUUUUUUCAAAAAAUCAAAUUUUAGACAAAUUGUUGGAUAUCCUGAAAACCAUUCAAAUCAACCCAGAAAUAAUGUAUUUUUGAUCUAAUUACAGAAAACAUUUUGAAAAUUUUUAGGUUUAGAGAUUUUGUAUUUUAUUUAUUUUAUUUUAUUUAUUCAAUACGUUGUGGGACAACGUGACGACAAGUACAAUAAUAAUAAUAAUACAUGAAAAAGAAAUAAAAGAAAGACAGGGCUUACGAGUUAUAACCCGGGGGUUGAGAAUGCGCUGGUAUUUAUACUGAAUCCGGUUAAUUAUUUGGUGAAUCUGAAAUUUGUGAAGAGCAAGUGCGAUUAGUGAAGAAGUUUUUGCGAAUAUUUGUUUUUGGGACUUUGUAAUGAUAUCUGAUUUUACUACGAGUUUUAGAAUCCGCUUCUACGGUGAAGAGUUUACCAUAAACCAGAUCAAUUUUAUUUGUAUUAAGUUUAUGUAAGAAUAUCUUGUCAAUUUUCAUUCUACGAUUUUCAAGACUCAUAAGACCAAACUCAGUAUUUCUAGUUUCACUAAAUUUGUAAUCCUUCUCAUCUGAUCUAAUAAAUCUCCCUUUAAUUCUAAAAAAUAAUUUUCUAGUGAAGUUGUUUUGGGCACUUUCUAUAAUUUGUUUCAAUUUUUUCGUAGACGGCGAUGUUACUACUGUUCCAUAUUCUAAUAAAGGUCUUACGAAAGUUUUAUACAAAUUAAUCAUAAACUUGAUAUUAUUGCUUUCAAAAGUCUUAAAAAUUUGAUACGUCAUAUAAUUGGCCUUAGAAACAGAUUUUUUCCAAUGUUCCUCAAAAUCCAAAAUUUCUUCCAAAUUUCGUGGUUUACGUUCUGGUUCUCUGAAAAUGUCCAAAUUUUUUCAAAUUGUAUUUUCAAUUUCUAAACUUACUUGUCGUAUUUUUAAUAAGACCACUGGGAAAUUUCACACAGUUGAGCAGGUUCAAUUUACAGCGUGGCCAGAUUAUGGUACAUCAUCUUUUGUGAAAUAAUUACCCUUAAGGGUAUUAUUUGAAACGUAUUGUGAAAUGGCAUUUUCAACCCAAAUUGCACACGAUGUUUUUUCUUGUCAUUUCCGAGAGACACAGAUUUUUAUAAAUUAGUUAAAAUUCACCAUUUUUUCUAGAUUAUCCAAAAAAACAAUGAUGAUGGAAAAGCUUAUCUCAAAAAUCGUUGGACUUGACGAAGGCAUUUUCUUGGCUUAUCAAGAACAACAACAAGAUUUGAGAAUUGUUCCAAGCAAUGAUUCAAAAGCUGCAGUUCCCUCGAAUUAUUUGAAUUUAAACAAGGACUGCAUCAAAUCGGAUGAUUGUGAUACACAUUUUUUCAAUGGAUUUGCACCGUGUAUUAUGUUGCAAUGGCAAAUUGUACAAGGAAGAGCACCAAGAUUGUUAAUGGCUGCUGAUUCGGAAAUUGUUAAGAAAGUGAGUGGGAUGAAUUGGAAUACAAUAAUAAAUAUUGAUUGUUUUUCAGCUGCCAAAUGAUAAAUCGCGUGAAAAAAUAAUGAAAAAACAGCAGAAUCAACAGAAGAAUAAACGAAAAUUCAACAAGAAAAUGCAGAAUUCGAAAAAACGGCGACUAGGUAAAUUUUUUUUGGGGGGUUAAACAUAUUUCAAUGUUUUCAAACUAGACUAUAGUUUGGUUAGUUUUCGAUAGAAUUUUAAUAAUAAUUUUGCUGGCGCCAAAAGCCGUAUUUUUCAAAAUCUAAAGCAAAAUUCUAAAUUUAUGUCGCCAAAAAGUAUAUUCUUCAAAAUUCAAUAAAAUUUCCCAGAUUUAUAGUCAAACUAGAGUCCGGUUUCGAGAAUUUUUCAAAUGUUUGUCAAACUAGACUAUAGUUUGGUUAUUUUUUUAAUCAAAAUUUUUGGAGCGAAGUAUAAAAAUUUUUUUUUACAUUAGAAAAUCAAUUUGCCACGUGGCAUAAUUUUCAAAAAAACGGCUUUCGGAAUUCUAGUAACUACAGUCUAGUUUGACAACACAAUUGUCUAACCGCGUUCAAAAAUCAUAUUUUUCAAUUUUUCAGAUCUUGACGAUCCAAAUACAAGUUCUGAACAACCACAAGAAUAUCAGCCAAGAACGAAAAAAUGGAAAAGAAAGAAAUAA